GCUUGUUUUAUCUCCUGGAUGACGUGAACGCAUCGCAAGAUCCCCUCGUCCAAUCACCGUUCGCGUACUGAUAACGGCCAAGUUUUGAACCAAAUUGCCAUUUUUUGUUUUUUACCGCGUUGGACACUUUUAAUUCGUUUGAAUGGAAGAUCAAAUGAAACAGCAACUGGCCAUGAACGGCCUCAGAUACAAACGAUCGCUGCGUCGAAUUAUAGACCAGUACUGCAAGCUGGAAUAUAAAGACGAGGCGAUAGAUGUGGACCUCAAUAACACCAGUGCAGACGACCUGGUGCACUACAUGGCGCUGUCGAAAAAGCAGUUACUGGAGAUCGAAUCAAAGAGCCUGUUGGAUUCAAGAGACGACCUAUUACAGUCACACAAUUGUUCCUGGUCUUCACAGCUGGACCAAACGCAACAAGAUGGCAGAAAUGAAACUUCUGUUUCUUGCUGGACGUUCACUGAUGAUGGUGAUGGAGUGUCAAUUGUGCGUUCUCAGCAGAGCUCGCUUGACGGCAGUCAGAGGAAUUUGUUUGAGACCGACGUCCUGCCCGAGGACCAUGACGAGGUGCUGGAGAUGAGCCUUAGAAGUCAAGGCACCACUUUGUCCGAGCUCUACCCCAGCAUGAUCGAGCGAAUCGGGCGGGCCAGUCACCGGUGGCACAUUUCCAAUGUGGCGGACGGUGUGCUCCAAAAGUACCGCAAGUGGCGACAGCAGUCCAACAGAGGCAACCACAUCCACAGUACGGUCAGGAACAACAGACAAACCACGAGCAAAAAAGUGACGGAGAAUCCAGGAUCCAAUUGUACCAGCUGCCAGCGCUCCCCUUUGAGGGAGCAGAACAUUCAGAACGCAAUGAACCAGACUUGUAUCCCUGCAUCUCUUAAACUUAAAAGCAAACUAAAUGAGACCUUCACUGUGGAAGAACAGCCAUCCUUAUUUGGCCUCAGUCCUUCAAAGUCUUCCACUUCCUCUUUGGGGACUUUGUCAGACCUUCCCUCAAACUCUAGAAGUCUCUCUCUUUCUGCUCCCAGAAAGCAGCCAUCCGUGUUUGUCCUCAGUCCUUCACGGUCUUCUCAUCCCUCCUCUGAAGCUUCCUCGGACAUGUUGCUAAGAUCCAGAAGGCUUAUGGGAGAGCAGCCAUCCUCGUGCUUCUUCAGUACUUCACAGUCUUCUGAUGCCUCUUCAGGAGUGUCUUUGGACCUACCCCUAAGGUCCAGAAAGCUUUUUCUCUCUGUUGACAGAAAUAAUCAGCAGUCCUCAUGUAGCCUUAGUCCUUCACGGUCACCUGGUCCCUCUUUAGGGGUGUCCUUGGGUCUGCCCCAAAGAUCCGGAGGGCUUUCUUUCUCUGCUACCACAGAGCAGCCACCCUCUUGGGUCCUCAGCCCUUCGCGGUCUUCCGGGUCCCCCCCAGAUCAGUCCCUGAGGUCCGAAAGGCUUUCUAGCGCUGCUGCCGGAGAGCAGUCAUCUUCGCUGGUCUUCAGUCCUUCGCGGUCUUCUGGUCCCUCCGCAGACUUGUCUCUGAGGUCUAAAAGGCUCGCACUCUCUGCUGCUCAAGAGCAGACGCAGCCAUCCUUGUGCGUCCUCAGUCCUUCGCGGUCUUUUGCUCCUUCCUCCGACCAGUCCCUGAGGUCCAAAAGGCUUUCUAGCGCUGCUGCCGAAGUGCAGUCAUCUUCGCGGUCUUCUGGAGACUUGUCUCUGAUGUCUAAAAGGCUCGAACUCUCUGCUGCUCAAGACCAGAAGCAGCCAUCCUUGUGUGUCCUCAGUCCUUUGCGGUCUUUUGGUUCCUCCACGGACCAGUCCUUGAGGUCCAAAAUACUUUCUAGUGCCGCUGCCCGAGAGCAGCCAUCCUCCUGGACCCUCAGUUCUUUGCAGUCUUCCGGUCCUACCUUGGAGCUUUCUUUGAGGUCCAAAAGGCUCACUCUCUUUGCUGCUGGAGAGCAGCAGCAGCCGUCCUUGUGGGUCUGUAGUCCUUUGCGUCCAUCUGAUCCCUCCUCAGACUUGUCUCUAAGUCCCAAAAGACUUUUUUCCUCUGCCAGCAAUGCUUCUGAAAGCACCGCAUUUAAAGAGCGACCCGACGUUGAUGGUUUCCCAGUAAAGCAGUGUCCCUUAAAAGAGGGGAUGGUGAACUGGGAAGGCCUCACAAGAUCACCUCAGUCCUUCUCCAGAAGCCCCAACUCUGCUAAUGUGUUAGACUACUUCAGGUCCCGGGCUUCCCCUCUCCGAAAGCUGCUUACGCCCCAGAUGGUCGACCCCAGGUCCUGCUUGCGCUCCCCUGCACAGGCCCGCAAUAAGCUCUGGCGGCACCUCUCAAUUGACUCUUCCAAGGCAUCGGGCUGCUUCACUUAUUCAGAAAAGGACCUGGAUGACGACUAUGCUAAGCAGUAUCACAAGUUUGUGUGCCAAAGCGAACUCUUCAACGGGCGCACCUGCCGGUUGUGCACCAGGAGUGCCGAUGCCUCCCGGCAUCAUUCCUCCCAAUCACUGGUGGCACUGGCAUUGUCACCCCAUCGCUUCGAGCUGAAGAAGCGCCACCGAGAGUUGGAGUGGGAGAACCUGUCCCGCUCCAAGCGCUGGAGUCCCUACUCUCCAGGGUCCAAGCGGCACAGAAAUGAGACGCUGAGACGCCGCCUCUGUUUGCGCGACACUGAGGCUCCUCAGGGUGGUGUCUUCGAGCAUAGCACGGUUCAAGGUUUCAACGGUCGGCCGCGGUUGGAAGAGGCCAUUGAGGCGCAUGGCUUGCCGGAGGAGUACCUACUUGGAAUUCCAGGAGAGGCAAAUAUGUCCGCAAGCAACUAAGGUAACUGAACUGUAAUGGUCACUCAAUGGGGAACAGGUGUCGAAAAUGUUGCUAACGUGACCCACCUCUACUGGACCGCUGUGAAGAUGUAAUUCAAUCUGCAUUUUACAUACAAAUAUUCUAUGCAUGUUCACUGUAUUUUCACCACAUUGUAAGUUUGUAGUGUUAGUAAUAAGUUAGUUCAAAUAAAAUGAGUGAAAUGUAAAAUGCCACU